AUGCAAAUGACAAGUGCUAUUGAUUUUUGUUUACCAUUAACUGAGAGAUAUAGAGCUUGGGUUAAAGGUCUUCAUAUAAAUGAUAAUACUUUUAAUAAUACUGUUACUCGAUUAAUACAUAUGACUCCUAAUGAAGCUGUAAAAAGAGCAUUAAAAGGUGAAAAAAUAUUUGCAGAACCAGUAGUAAAAUAUAGAAGACCUGUUGAAUUUGAUGAACCACAUUUGUCAUAUAAAAAUUUUGUUCAAUAUUUACUUAAACCUGGUGAGUUAGAAUAUGAUCAAUCUGUUAUGUAUAAAUUAGAAGGUAGACCAGAAAAAAAAUUUGUUCGUGAGCAAUUACAAUUAAUUAAAAAAGUUGAACUUCCUCCUACAUGGGUGCUUAAAUAA